AUGAGAGCGGAGGGCAACGACAUGGCAGAGAGCGGCAGGGCGGUAUUCAGCGCCGCAGACUACUACCCGGCGCCGUCGGGACGUGUGAUCACGUACGCGGCGGGCGGGCGGGGGCGCCAGAUAAUGGCGGCCGACGUGACGGCGCUGGUGGCGGCGCUGACGUCGCCGGUGGACGGGGUGGAGUACGAGCUGUUCGCAGACUUCUUUUUGGUCUAUCGGAACUUCCUGGAGGCGCGGCGGCUGCUGGAGCUGCUGGAGGCGCGGUUCGAUUGGUCGCUGGGCGAGAUCGGGGCGGGGCGGGCGAAGGCGCGAGUGGUGGGGGAGAUCACGCUGGUGCGGACGUUUGUGCUGCUGCGGCACUGGGUGAUCAACUACUUUGCGCAGGACUUCCUGCCGGACGUGGCGCUGCGCGAGCGUUUCUUGGCGUUCGUGAACGGGCUGGGCGGGGCGGCGGGCGGGACGCGGCCGAAGAUCGUGGCGAAUAUCGUGGUGAGCCUCAAGAAGACGUGGGCGUACACUGUGCGUCUGAUCUGGGACGACCUGGACCUGGAGCGGGAGUUCGAGCUGCGCAGCGCGGACGCGUGGCUGCAGUUCCAGAUCCCGGACGUGACGCAGCUGAAAACGGAGGCAGGGCUCCAGCGCGACAGCCGGCUGAGCUUCUACGCGCGGCAGAGCAGCACGAACCCGAGCUUCCGCAACGAAAGCGUGCUGUCGCUAUACCGGCCCAAGGACAACUUCCAGCUGCCGGUGCGCAACAACGACUACAACAUCAAGCAAGGGACGCGCAUCAAGAAGCGCACGGCGAGCAUGUUCUUGUAUCCGCAAGACAGCUUGAACGCCCCGUCCGGAAACCAAAAGCCGCAAUGCUCGCUCGAGCCGCCGUUUCCCGCUCAUAGUCAUGUGCGGAAAAUCAGCCACAUCUCGAAGGUGACCAACGUGUCCAAUGUCAUCAAGGAGGUUGCGUAUCCGACCUCGCCCGCAGUGGAGAGUUUUUUUCCGCCGACGCCAUCCAAGAAGCUGGAGUUUACCGUGAAUUCGACCUACGUGCCACCUGCCGCUGCGGAAUGCAGCCGCGAACCCAGCGCGCAGAAGAAGCCGAGGAGUCCCAAUGGGUAUCGUGCCGUUACGGGGCUGCUUUCGAAGUGGAGAAUGAAUCAUUUGUCUAGACACAAAGCAUGCGACCGCACCAGCACCGUAGAACCGGCUAUGGACAACCUGAUCAAGUAUGUGUUUUCGAUCUCCUCGUUGGAGAGCCCGAAGGGCGAUAUCCAAGAAGAGAGAGAGAUCUCGCCGUCAAAAUUUGACAUUCUCAGCGCACGCACAAUAGAAGAGGUAGAGCAUCUGAUCACGGUGGAGAACGAGGUUUUGCAGAAAGUGACAGCGCAUGAAGGUAAGGUUCCAAUCACUUCGUCAUCGGCACGCGAGGCACGUUUUCCGCCCUUACUGAACGAGGCUCCAUUGCUGGACCAGGCUCCGCUCGGAAACGGCCAAGAGUACAGUGUGAUUGAUAAUCUAAAUUUGUACAGGACCGUGAGCACCAUUGCGACAUCAGUGAUUAAAUUGACUCGCACCGCCUCUCAGAGACAGACAAAGGUUACUCUACCUCCGCCUCCACCAUUACGCCAACGGCCUACUUCUUUAUCUGCAUUUAGGGGAAGUAGUUCACGAAUGCUGCUAUCGGACUCUCUUCGUAGGGAUGGGUACCAAAACAGCAAAGCCAGCCUCCACCUACGGCCUCUAGCAUCCGCUGACGAGAACGCAGAGGGUUCUUCCGUUCAAGCCUCAAAUCCUCCCCAGGUUAUCUUCCACACACAUGCCCUGAUCAAAACGCCAACUGAUAAAGUAUUUGAUGCUAAGGCUGUGGAAGACACGUCUCCCAAGACAUCUCUCGUCAGUACGCAAGUGACAGAUGCGCGGCCUCCAUCGUAUGAGUCAACCAUUACCUAUGAUUCGGAUCUGCAGGAUAUUACCAUGCGCGACUAUAAUACCAGUAAUCAAACGGAGAACCACAACGAUGGCACUCUAGAUACCAACCAACCAAUCUUGAACAGAAAGACGAACCAUUCCAACCUCAGGGAAUUUUUAUUUGAAGCGUCCACUUCAGGGUCCCCAGCAGCUCAUACGACGCAGGAGCCGACUGAUGAGUCCACUGGCAGAUUAGGCGCUUGUCCUACAGUAAUGCGCUCCAUCUCAGAACCGAUCCCAACUGUUAUGAGGUCUAAUAAUGGCGAUACGCACACUAAGGCGAAGCCGGAGUUUAAUAUACAGUCCCAUGAUGAUACCUUUAGCAGGAAACCGAUGCGGCCAUCCCUGCUAUCACCUCCCAUUAACAUUAGAGGUUCUUUUGAUACCCUACAUCGUAAGAAUGUGCCUGCCCCGAUAUCUGUUCCUCCAAAUCCAGUGACGAAAAACGCCUCUGUAAGCCCAGCCAGUGGAAGGAUCAGCAUUAUAAAGAAGUCGGGGAAUCGCACCUCUCCGACUACCCGAUCGCCAUUACUUGAUACCACUUCAGCGUUCAUGGAAAAAACUGAUUCCUUCGCAAAACAAGAGGCGAGCUUAAAUGCUUUGGAAAAUGAUUUACAGGCGAUACUGAUCACUACCGGACGACGCUCUAGCACAUUUUCCAAAUCUGGGACAGAUUCGACUAUAGCGACCAAUGUAUUAUUGGAAUCCAUCCAGACGAGUCCACAGAAAAAUACCCAUCUCAUGACAAAUAUCUCCGAAGAUGAUUCUGCAUCAAAUACAGAUACCAAGCCUAUGGAAUUUUCGUCUGUUGGCAUUGAAUCGAGUGCCAGUAACAGCAGUUCGUUUGCAGAUGCCUUGUGUGAACCGGCAAACAGAAGUUCGCCUUCCCAUAAUCCAUAUUCAGGGCAAUGCACUACGAUAGAAGACCGCUAUAGACGCUCCCGGUUUGCUAGUCAACCGGACUCAUUACUUGGCUACAUCAAUGAGAACGGUAAUAAAUACAUCUUUUCACCAGGAGAGACCGCAGAAGAUGCAUCACCUAAAAAGGAUAUGGAAACGCUGAAAACAAAAUUCAUGACCACUAAGGAACCUCCGGUAUGCCCAUCAGGCAAUGAUGCAGACCUUGCACUCAUUAUUUCAAAGCUGAAAGAGACAAAUCCUUCAGCUGAGAGAAUAGAAACAGAGAAUCCGAACGAUGAUGCAAAUAAUUUAACCCCUCCAGCAACCUCUAGUUCAAAUAAUGAAAACAGUUCAGAUCCAGUUGCAGUUGCACUUAUGAAAUUAGAAGGGACAUUUGCUAAGCCCGCCAAAGAGGACAAUACUGCUUCGAAAUUGAACAGCCCACGUAGUAGUGUGUUAGCAAAAGAAGUCGAAAAGCUUGAUUUCCAAAAAUGGCGAUUUCCCUCUUCUAAGACUAUGAAUAAACGACAAUCCAUGUUUAUCGAAAGAAGGCGUACUAUGACGGACAUAUUUUCCUCUGCUACAGAGGACACUUCUUCUGAAGAACAAAGCCCUAAACUGUCAGACCGUGAAAUACGGGAGUUGCUAGAAACCUACAAACUGCAAGAUCCGAGACUAAACAUAAAGAAUGUUGAACACCAUGUCCCAUUUAUUUUAAUGUAUGAUUCAUGUUCCAUCGCUAAGCAAAUGACGUUGAUUGAGCGAGAAGUAAUGAAUGAAAUAGACUGGAAAGACCUCCUUGACCUUAACAUGAAGAAGUCCCUACCAAGGGUGACGAGUUGGCUUCAGUUGUUAUUGCAUAAUGAAGAGUUGUCAGGCAUAGAUCUUGCGAUUGCUAGGUUCAAUCUUACUGUUGAUUGGAUAAUUUCUGAACUGGUCAUGACUACGGAUAUUAAGCUACGAAGAAACGCUAUUCAAAGAUUAAUCCACGUUGCGGAACAUUGCCGAAUGUAUCAAAAUUAUAAUACCGUCAUGGAAAUAGUUCUUGCAUUAAACUCGGUCGUUGUUCAGAAGUUUACCAGCUCAUGGCGCUUAAUUGAGCCAGCUGACAUGCUCACAUGGGAGCACUUAAAAAGUAUCCCAAGCUUGGACCGCAAUUAUCACAACGUGCGCAACCUACUCAACAGUAUUGAUCCUAUUAAGGGGUGUAUACCCUUCUUGGUAGUCUACCUCUCGGACCUGGCAUUAAACUCUGAGAAACGCGACUGGAUUGUCCCAAAUGAAAUUGUUAACUACAAUAAGUUCCAGACUAAUGUUCAAAUUGUGAAGAACUUCAUACAGCGAGUCCAGUGGGCAAGGUUUUAUGAUAUACGGGCCGACGAGGACUUAUUGAGCAAAUGCGUGUAUAUCAGUGCGUUGUCUCAUGAGGAAAUUGGAUAUUUAACUUCCUUUUAA